CGUUGUUUUGCUGUUCAAGAUGGAUGAUCUCGUUGCUAGCUUCCUGGCCAUUGCGCCAAACGCCACUUUGGAGGAAGCCGAGAUGGCGCUGCAGAUGACAGGCGGCGACCUCAACGCGGCAGUGUCAAUGUUCCUGGACGAGGGUACGCGCGCGCUGCUGAGAGACGAGCCUGCGCAGCCGAGCCAGUCCAGUAGUCUGCCAAGGUCGUCAUCAUCGUCAGCUGCAGCAGCAUCGUCUGCAAGGGCGCCUGGGAGGGCGAGCAGUAGCAGCAGCAGCAGCUCGAGUUCCGCAGCACCAAGCUCCAGUUCCGCGCGCUCAAGCUCAAGCCGCGCACAGUCACAACAAACACAAUCGGUGCACCAAUCGUCCGACCUCUACCAGUUCUCAGACGAUGGCGACGGCGACGGCGACGGCGACGAUGGCCAACAGGACGAGGAGUAUGUUCGUGCGCCGAUCGCAGCACAGCACGCUGUGCUUGUGAGUGGACCUGAUCCUGCAACCUUGUCGUUUCAACAUCGAAGAGACGCAUUCAAUGCGGCCAGUUCGAUGCAUAGCAAACAAAAGCUCGUGGACGCAUUGCUCGCACAACAUCCAGGAUUGGUGGACAAUCCAAGAGUGCGCGACCAGUUCAUGCCGCCGAAAGAGUUGCUGUUUGCCGGCUCCUUUGAGGAAGCUCGAGCGGAAGGGACUCGCAAAGAGCGCUGGCUGCUCGUCAAUCUGCAGCCGCAACACGAUCUCCGAUCAGCCCAACUGAACCUCGAUUUCAAGGACUCUGUCUUGUACCUUCUGAUCGAAUCCAAGUUUGUGCUCUGGGAGAUGCCCUUGCAAUCCCCUUCCGGCAGCGCGUACGCCACCACCUAUGGUGUCAAGGAGUACCCCUAUCUCGCCAUUGUUGAUCCACGAACAGGCGAAGUAAUGCAAAAUAUUCAAGUGGGCCCCGUCGGACCCGACGACAUCUUAAAAGCAGUCUGGAGUUUUCUUGACCUGUACCCAACAUUCAAAAGAACUGUUCAGUCUGAAAGUAACCAGAGCCAGAAGGUUUCCAUCACGGACGAGUCGGAGGAAGCCAUGCUCCAACGUGCUCUUCAAGCGUCACUGGAGCAAGAUGCCCCUCGCCCAUCUGGUCGUCGCACGGCGACAAAUUCAUCGGACGACGACACUGGCCGCCGAAAACGGCCACGUUUGGCGACUCCAGCUACGAGCGGCCGUCCUCAGCGAACCAAAGCUGCUGCUUCUCGACAGGCCGUCAUAAUCGACGAUGACAGCGACGAAAAUGACAGCGAAUUUGAGUUUGGCAGCGAUUUAGACGAGAACAGUGGUGAAAGCCUUGGAAGUCGGAGUUCCGGGAGUGAAAUCGACGACGAUGACGACGACGACGACGAUGAUGAUGAUGACGACGACAUCGACGAGAUUGAAGACGACGACGACGGCGAUGAGAGCGAUAGUGACGGCGAUGAUAGCGACGACGUUCCUCGUGGCAAGCGAACGCGAUCCGUUCAGCCCGGUGCCUCGUCGUCACGCGAUCGUUCCAAAAAGCCCAGACUGCCCAAAGCUGGAGGUCAUGUGCUUGGGUUUGCCCACAGUGAGAGCUCGGCGAGUUCUGCGGGCAGCACCAGUGCAAGCAAUUCAGCAGCAACACAACUGCCCACCGUGGUCGAGCCUCCAGCCGAUGCUCCAGCCGAUUCAGUGACGCGGCUUAGUUUGCGCAUGCCAGAUGGAAGCAGAGUUAUUCAACGCUUUUACAAGUCGGAUACCGUGAAUCACUUGUUUUCGUUUGCGGCGUCCAAGCUGCCGUCGCUCACGCCUGACGCUUUCGAGAUCAUGUUUCAUCGCGACAAGCUCAGUCUGGUGCGAAAUCAGACACUUGAAGAGGCCAAGCUGCUCGGUGCAUCGCUCAACGUGUCAGCGCUCUGAUGUUUUGUUGCAUUGGUGGAUGCACAUUGAUGCCGUUGCCAACCCUACGCACCCUUUCAACAAAGCGCAGUGCUCCAAA